AUGCCUUUUCACCCGGUAACGGCGGCGUUAAUGUACAGGGGGGUCUACACCAUCCCCGAAUUACUGAGAGACCACUCACCCACGCAGCUCCCCGAAGACGAGAUAGAGGAGAUUCGAGAAGCUUUCAAGGUGUUUGAUCGAGACGGAAAUGGAUUCAUCUCCAAGCAGGAGCUGGGCACAGCAAUGAGGUCUCUGGGGUACAUGCCCAAUGAAGUGGAACUGGAGGUCAUUAUACAGAGGCUGGAUAUGGAUGGGGAUGGCCAGGUUGAUUUUGAAGAGUUUGUUACAUUACUGGGGCCAAAAAUCACAACUUCUGGGAUACCGGACAAGUUUCGUGGUGCUGACUUUGACACUGUGUUUUGGAAGUGUGACAUGCAGUCAUUGUCUGUUGAGGAACUGAAGAGAUUAUUAUAUGACACUUUUUGUGAGCACCUGUCCAUGCGUGACAUUGAAAAUAUUAUCUUGACUGAAGAGGCUGGAAACCUCGGAACUAAAGGGGAUUGUCCUGUAGAUAUGGAGGCUUCCACAAAUCAACAAAUCCGCCAGACCUGUGUCCGAAAGAGUCUGAUCUGCGCCUUUGCCAUCGCUUUCAUCAUUAGUGUAAUGCUAAUAGCUGCAAAUCAGGUUCUGCGGAGUGGCAUGAAGUGA